AUGCAUUUCUGCAGCUCCAACUAAAUCAUUAACUGAAAAUCUACACAAAGCAAUGGCUUCGAUGCUUAGCUCCGGAACUGUUCUUAGGCCAACCACAUUUCUCGGCCAGACCAAAAAUGCUAACCCUCUUAGAGACGCUGUUCCUAUAUGCACUCCCAAAUAUACCAUGAGAAAUGAACUGUGGUAUGGACCAGACAGAGUGAAGUAUUUGGAACCCUUUUCAGCUCAGACUCCAUCUUACUUGACCCGUGAGUUCCCUGGUGACUAUGGUUGGGACAUUGCUGGUUUGUCUGCUGAUCCUGAGGCCUUUGCCCGGAACAGGGCUCUUGAGGUAAUCCAUGGGAGAUGGGCAAUGUUGGGAGCAUUAGGCUGCAUCACACCAGAAGUGCUCCAGAAAUGGGUUCGGGUCGAUUUAAAGGAACCAGUAUGGUUCAAGGCAGGAGCUCAAAUCUUUUCGGAAGGUGGAAUGGAUUACUUGGGCAACCCAAACCUCGUCCAUGCUCAAAGCAUCCUCGCCGUCCUUGGAUUCCAAGUCAUCCUGAUGGGGCUCAUCGAAGGAUUUCACAUCAACGGUCUCCCUGGUGUUGGGGAAGGCAUCAAUCUUUACAAACAUUCAAACAAAAUUAUAAACAUCUUACAUCACCAACAACCCAGAAUUAUACACAAACUAAACCAAACUAUUCAAACAAGGCAGCCUCAACAAAUCCCUGUUUGUCUUAUGCACAUAUGAUGAUCUCUUCCACCA